UCUGUGAUACUCUAAUGAAAAAAAAAAUUCAAAAAAAUACAAAAAAAAAAAAAUACAAAAAGUUUUCAUUGGCUCUGCAUUCUCACCUUUAUAUUCAAGUUUCGCGGCAACGCCUCCUCUCUAUCUCAUUCUCUCUCUACACCACGCACUCUCUCUCUCUCUCUCUCUCUCUCUCUCUCUCUCUCUCUCUCUCUCUCUCUCUAGCUCCCUCGCUGCUGUCCUCUUUUUGAUGGUUCAAUUCCGAUCUUCAUAAACUUCACGACGAAUACGCAAACCUUGCCAUGGCCCCAACAAGAAAAGCCAAAGGUGUAAAGCGGUAUGCAACUGUAAAUGAGGCAUCUCAGGAGAAAUAUGGCGGAGGGUCAAACAAAAAGAAGCAACGGAAGAGAAAGUUGUCUGAUAAGUUGGGACCGCAGUGGAAAAGGGGAGAGCUUCAGCGUUUUUAUGAUGCAUACAGAAAAUAUGGGAAAGAUUGGAAGAAGGUGGCUGCUGCAGUGCGCAACAGAGGCAUUGAGAUGGUGGAGGCUCUUUACAAUAUGAACCGAGCGUAUUUGUCAUUGCCAGAGGGGACAGCUUCUGUAGUUGGCCUUAAAGCAAUGAUGACAGAUCACUAUAAUGUUAUGGAAGGCAGCGAUAGUGAAAGAGAGAGCAAUGAUGCUUUAGGAUUUUCUCAAAAACUGCAGAAACACAAGCUUGGGAAAGAUCAGCCCAGUGUCUCGAAAGAUGUUUUCCACACUCAUCCAAGUGCAUCGCUUGAAGGAUGCCUGUCAUUAGUAAAAAGGAGAAAGCUUGAUGGUGACCAGCCUCGUGCAGUUGGGAAGAGGACGCCUCGUGUCCCAGUUUCAUAUCCGCAUAAGAAAGAUGAUAAGGAAGCUUAUGUUUCUCCAAUUAAAAAGGGUCGGAAGUCAGAGGGAGACAAUGAUGAUGAUGUUUCGCAUGUGGUAGCCUUAUUGACUGAAGCUUCGCAAAGAGGAGGCUCUCCCCAAGUUUCUCAAACGCCAUACAGAAGGCCUGCGCAUUUAAAAUCUUCUUCUGUUCAGAGCUCAGAAAGAAUGCAUCCACCACCAGGGAAAGCAAGUGCCAACCUUCGUCGUGCUUCAAUGGACGGAGACUGGUUGGAAGGUAGUAUAGGAAGUGGCGGGGCUGAAACAGGAGACUAUCACAGAGAUUUAUUAGAAGGUGUAGGUACAGUAGAAAUGCCUUCGAAGGGGAAGAAGUUGUAUAAAAAGAAAGGGAAAGUUAAACACAGUGAGAAUCAUCAGUUUGAUGAUGGCGGUGAAGCGUGCAGUGGCACUGAAGAAGUACCUAAUCUAAGUUCUAGGGCAACAGAUGAUAUUGAAGUUUCAAAUACAAAAGGGGAACGACUUUCUCCACAAGGUCAAAGGACGAAGAGCAAAAAACUUUAUUUUGGAGAUAAAAGUUCAUGCUUGGAUGCUCUGCAAACUUUAGCUGAUUUGUCUCUGAUGAUGCCGGAAUCAAUGGAAUCUGGAUCAUCUGUCCAGUUGAAAGAUGGAGGAGCAAACAUAGAUGCGGAAGAUAAAUUUAGUGUACCUGAAACCACAUCUACAAGCCAAUUCAGAAACAAAAAUAAACUCCCUGGUGCAAAACAUAGAUUGCCUUGCGCAAUUUCUGGAGUUGAGGGUACCAAUUCCAAAAAGUCCAAAGUUGGGAGGGAUCCGGCAAUUGAUAUUAAUACUGUCUCAGAAUCGGAACAACAGUCUCAGUCGACCACCAAAAUAUUGAAAAGGAAACGGAAAUGUUUGGUGCCGAAGAUAUCAAAUGCUGAUGCUCAUAUGGAUUCUGAUAUGAAUGAACCUUUAAAGACUGAGGGUUUUGGUGAAGAAGAAAAUAAACCGGUGACUAAAGGAAAACGCACCAGUCAAGUCUCUACUCCUUCGAAACAAUGGAAAUCAGCCAGAUCACUGGAAGGAUCUUUGAAUGGCAAUCAUAGGCGAGCAUUGGCUGAUUUAACAGGAUCGACCGCGCAAGUGCCCACGUCAAGCCAAUUUAAUUUGCCAAUGAAACGAACAAGUAGACGUAAAAUGUAUAUACCCAGAACAUUGCACCCCAAAGAGAAGUCUUGUGAGAAAAAAUUGAAAAAUCAACUUAACACACGCUCAAAUUCAGUGCAGGACAGAGCACUCCAUCUAAAGGAGAAGAUCUCUUGUUGCUUGUCAUCGGAUUUAUUACGUAGAUGGUGCACUUUUGAGUGGUUUUAUAGCGCACUUGACUACGCUUGGUUUGCCAAAAGGGAGUUUGAGGAGUACUUAAAUCAUGUUGGACUGGGACACAUUCCGAGACUAACUCGUGUAGAAUGGGGAGUCAUUAGAAGUUCCCUUGGCAAACCUCGGAGGUUUUCUGAGCACUUUCUACAUGAAGAAAGGGAGAAACUUAAACAAUAUCGGGAAUCUGUGAGGAAACAUUAUGCUGAACUUCGUACUGGUGUUAGGGAAGGACUCCCAACAGAUUUAGCAAGACCUUUAUCAGUUGGGCAACGAGUGAUUGCUCUACAUCCUAAAACAAGAGAAGUUCACGAUGGAAGUGUGCUCACCGUUGAUCAUGAUAAGUGCAGGGUUCAGUUUGACCGUCCAGAUAUAGGAGUUGAAUUUGUCAUGGAUGUUGAUUGUAUGCCUUUGAACCCAUUGGAUAAUAUGCCAGAAGCUCUUAGGGGACGGAAUAUUGCUUUUGACAAAUUCUCAUGUACAUCCAAGGAGCCAAAUAAAAAUGGAAAUCUAAAUUUUGGAGGGCCUAUGAUGUUUGCUUCAAGUGGGCAUUUGGUGAAAGCAACUAGCCCCAUGGACAUGGAUGCCUUCAUAAAGGAGGAGAAGGGGAAUGCAAUUUAUACAACUGCACAACCAAAAGCAGUAUCAGCUGAUAUUGGUAGGGCACAACAGACAUCAUAUAGUCAACCUGGUAUGGUGGUGGCACAUAAUCAAGCAAGGGAAGCUGAUAUACGAGCUCUUUCUGAGUUGAAUCGUGCUCUUGAUAAGAAGGAGGCAUUGUUGAUGGAGCUUAGGAACACAAAUAAUAACAUUUUGGAAAACCAGAACAGUGGAGAAUGCACUUUAAAAGAUAGCGAGCCUUUUAAGAAGCAUUACGCCACGGUACUUGUACAGCUAAAGGAAGCCGGUGGCCAGGUUUCUUCAGCUUUGGUUAAUUUGAGGCAACGUAAUACUUACCCUGCAAAUUCCCUACCUCCUUGGAUGAAACAACCAGCCAAUUCCACCAUCUAUGGUGACCCGAGUUCCUUCGACAGCUCUAUUUCUCAAGAGUCAGGAUCUAGUGUUGCUGACAUUGUUGAAGUUUCAAAAUCGAAAGCACAUAUGAUGGUUAAUGCUGCUAUUCAGGUAAUGGCGUCAGGGAAGUGCGGGGAAGAUGCUUACGUUGGGAUAAGAGAGGCUCUAGAUUCCAUCGAUAACCAGCAUUUCAUAUCAGAGUCUAGAUUACCUGUGAACAGGUCUCAAGAGCAAGUAAAUGGCAGUUUGGGCCAACGCAAUCAGAUAAGUUCCGGCACAUCAGAUCCCAACUUGACCAGUGAUUCAUCUGCCCCGAAGUUGCAUACCGACGCUGACAAAAAUGAGGCUCAGAUUCUUUCGGAGGUCAUCUCUGCAUGCGUGAUGGCCGUACACAUGAUACAGACAUGCACUGAACGACAGUUUCCUCCGGCCGCUGUUGCUCAAGUGUUAGAUUACGCAGUGACAAGCCUGCAUCCACGCUGUCCCCAGAACGUUGGAAUUUACAGAGAAAUUCAAAUGUGCAUGGGCAGAAUCAAGACACAGAUAUUAGCACUCGUACCAACUUGAGUCCGGUGCUUCCUUCCAGUCUCCGGAGUUGUUUUGAUUUCUAAAAUUAUUCCAGACCAAACAAACUUAACUGACUGCCAAUUACGCGCAUCGGAUUGAGUUUCUUGGUUCUUAGGCCUGUAAAUUAGAAGCUGUUCCGUGUAUAUAGUCGAUAAGGGCUUGGUUUUCGGUCCUCGUUUUCUCUGAUGUCCUGUUGGCCAAAAGAAAAACGAGUACAUGUUUCUGCUUAAUGGUUGCCAAUUUCUACAGCUUCUCACUCA